AUGACAGUGGUGCCCGCAGAGAACCUGGAUGAGACUGUGGCACUGGCCGCGCUGUCAGCCCAGGAUGUGUACGACCCGGAGCGAGCCGAGAACCAGGAGUGCUGCGAGCGCGUGGUCAUCAACAUCUCCGGGCUGCGCUUCGAGACGCAGCUGAAAACGCUCGCCCAGUUCCCCGCCACCCUGCUGGGAGACCCGCGCAAGAGGAUGCGCUUCUUCGACCCGCUGAGGAACGAGUACUUCUUCGACAGGAACCGACCCAGCUUCGAUGCCAUCCUGUACUAUUACCAGUCUGGGGGCCGGCUCCGGAGACCCGUCAACGUGCCCGUGGACAUUUUCAUGGAGGAGAUUAAAUUCUACGAACUGGGGGAGGAGGUGAUUGAGAAUUUUAAGGAUGAUGAGGGCUUCAUUAAGGAGGAAGAGCGCCCGCUGCCCGAGAACGAGUUCCAGCGGCAGGUCUGGCUCCUGUUCGAGUACCCGGAGAGUUCCGGACCCGCCAGGGGCAUCGCGAUCGUUUCGGUUCUGGUCAUCCUGAUCUCCAUUGUGAUCUUCUGCAUGGAAACUUUACCGGAGUUCAGGGAAGAGGCCAGAACGUUUGGGGACCAGCUGGUGGUGAACGGCACAGCGCGCGCAAAGAAGCCGAACCCGUUCACGGACCCGUUCUUCAUCGUGGAGACGCUCUGCAUCAUCUGGUUUUCCUUCGAGCUGCUGGUCAGGUUCCUCGCGUGUCCGAGCAAGCCCGCCUUUUUCAAGAACAUCAUGAACACCAUCGACAUCGUGGCCAUCAUGCCCUACUUCAUCACGCUGGGGCUGGAGUUAGCCGAGCACCAGGGGAACGGCCAGCAGGCCAUGUCGCUGGCCAUCCUCAGGGUCAUCCGCCUGGUCCGGGUCUUCAGGAUCUUCAAGCUCUCCAGACACUCCAAGGGGCUGCAGAUCCUCGGGAAAACGCUGCAGGCCAGCAUGCGGGAGCUGGGACUGCUUAUAUUCUUCCUCUUCAUCGGGGUCAUCCUCUUCUCCAGCGCCGUGUACUUUGCGGAGACCGACGACCCGGAGUCGGGCUUCAGCAGCAUCCCGGACGCGUUCUGGUGGGCCGUGGUGUCGAUGACCACGGUGGGCUACGGGGACAUGUGUCCGGUCACCAUCGGGGGCAAGAUCGUGGGGUCCCUGUGUGCCAUCGCCGGCGUUUUAACCAUCGCGCUGCCGGUGCCCGUCAUCGUGUCCAACUUUAACUACUUCUACCACCGGGAGACGGAGCACGAGGAGCAGUUCCAGUACACGCACGUGACCUGCGGACAGCAGCAGCCGCCCUUUGGAGAGUUCAAGAAGAGCGACAGCAAGCCGUCCCUGUCCAAGUCUGAAUUUCUGGACAGCGACGACGCGGACUCCAUCAAGUACACCAACUGCAGCCCGCACAAAGCCUACACCGGCAAGCUCACCGACGUCUGAGCCACGAUUACGCAUCAGCCGCGCGCUGACGGAAGCUCAUCCCAAACAUCCCGCGCUCUGCUUUGACUUCAGACUGGCGAGAUCCUUUUUCCUGCCAUCUAAGGGAAUUCUUUCAUUCACAGACAGCAGCGGAUGGACGAAGAGAAUUCACAUUUACCCCCUGACCGUCUUCCAUUACGUGCGUCACGAGUCGGACACAAAGAAGCUUAGAAGUGAUCAAAGCCAGCUGUAGCACUUUAUUCAUCGAUAUAUUAUUUAUGUUUCUAUUAGCACUCUAUUACACUCUAAUUCUAUUAAAGGUCCUUCAUGAAGCAGGUUUAAA